AUGGAUGGUCUCAAUACAUGUAUGAUUGUGUGAUUGUAUGACUAUUACUGUUCAAUGGUGGCAGCCUUGGACGUGCGGGAGCUUACCCGCCGCUCCUUUCCUGCUGGCCCCGCCGAUGCCGUAUCUUUUUUUCUGGAUAGAUAUAAGAGUCGCCGCCCGCUCUUCCUUCCUCCUUCCCCCUCCUUCUCUUCUUCGUCCUCUACUGACCUGUCUUCGCCCUCUCUCUGCAGCUGCACACCCGCCCGCAAAUAACCUCCAGGCUAGGGCACUGCCAGUGAAUUAAACAUGGCGGCCAAGAAGCCCAACAUCCUGUACAUCAUGGCCGACCAGAUGGCCGCGCCGCUGCUGUCCUUCCACGACCCGGCCUCGCGCAUCAAGACGCCCAACCUGCAGCGCUUAGCCGACGAGGGCGUCACCUUCGACAACGCCUACUGCAACUCGCCACUGUGCGCCCCCUCGCGCUUUGUCAUGGUGACGGGCCAGCUGCCCUCCAAGAUUGGCGCCUACGACAAUGCCGCCGAUUUGCCUGCCGACAUCCCCACAUACGCACACUACCUUCGUCGCGAGGGCUACCACACGGCCCUGGCUGGCAAGAUGCACUUCUGCGGCCCCGACCAGCUGCACGGCUACGAGCAGCGCUUGACCAGUGACAUCUACCCGGGGGACUAUGGCUGGUCCGUCAAUUGGGAUGAGCCGGACGUCCGCCCCGACUACUACCACAACAUGUCGUCCGUCUUGGACGCCGGCCCCGUCGUGCGCACCAACCAGCUGGACUACGACGAGGAGGUCGUUUACAAGUCCACCCAGUACCUAUACGACCACGUCCGCCAUCGCGGCGACCAGCCCUUCUGCUUGACCGUUUCUAUGACACACCCGCACGACCCCUAUGCCAUGACUAAGGAGUUUUGGGACAUGUACGAGGAUGUCGACAUCCCGCUGCCCAAGACUGCCGCCUUGCCGCAUCAUCAGCAGGACCCGCACUCGCAGCGCGUGUUGAAGUGCAUCGAUCUGUGGGGCAAAGAGAUGCCGGAAGACCGUAUCAAGGCCGCCCGUCGUGCUUAUUAUGCCGCCUGCACCUAUGUCGACACCAACGUUGGCAAGCUUUUGAAGGCCCUCGACAAUUGCGGCCUGACGGACGAUACAAUCAUUGUCUUCACUGGGGACCACGGUGACAUGCUCGGCGAACGGGGUCUCUGGUACAAGAUGGUCUGGUACGAAAACUCGGCUCGUGUGCCCUUCAUUGUCCAUGCACCCAAACGGUUUGCCGCCAAAAGAGUCAAGGAGAACGUAUCCACUAUGGACAUUCUGCCUACAUUUGCGGGCCUGGUGGGAGCCCAGCUAGAACCCAGUCUGCCCAUGGACGGAGUUUCGCUAGUGCCUUAUUUGACUGGCGGAGAAGGAGCCAAGACCGACACGGUCUUUGGUGAGUAUAUGGCUGAGGGUACUCUGACCCCGGUGAUUAUGAUCCGUCGUGGCAAAUGGAAGUUUAUCUACUCCUUGCUGGACCCGCCAAUGCUGUACGACCUCGAAGCAGAUCCAUUGGAAACGACCAACCUCGUCGCAGGCCUUCCAUUCCCCAGUCAAGACAAGAGUGCUACCAUCAAGGCAACUGUGUCUCCUGGGAAUGGCAUUAUCGGUGCACCAACUCCUGAAGAAACCCCGGCGGCUGUCACCUUUGUGAGCACGGAAAAGUCAUUCUUUCCCAAGAUUCCAGCACAGGCGGUCGUUCCUACCCCGCCUCGCACACCGAGUCCCUUAUCGGCCGUGGAUCUUCCUCCAAAAAGGGAUCCGACAGCUUUGCUGGCACACUUUGUAGAGGAGGUACAGGCUCGGUGGAACUUGAAGGUAAUCCACGAGGAUGUUAUCCGCUCACAGCGUCGUCGGCGUCUUGUAUACUCUGCUCUUAUCAAGGGGGUGCCGACGAUUUGGGACUAUGAGCCACGAGUUGACCCAAGCACUCAGUAUGUACGCAACCAGAGCAAGGGGGCAUUGGAUGAUGUCGAGUUUCUCUCUCGGUGGCCACGAGUUGCGCAUUUUGGACAGGCGAAGUAG